AUGAAAAUAAGACGUGAUUCUGUAAGCUUGAUGAAAAUAAGACGUGAAGCUUCGGUGAGAGUGCUACAUCGAAAUUGGACGCUCUAUUCAUCCUUUUCAUGUCGCAGAAAAAUCAAUCAUGAUUCCCCCCAACACACCAUCAGAGUUAUAGGAUUUUUCUUCCAGAACUCCAGCACUCGCACUCUAUAACACAUCAGCACUUACAGCCACCGACCACAAUGGCCAACACAGCGCAUCUUGUCCGCAGACAAAGCUCCAGAGAUCUGAACUCUCAACGCUCCGUAGACCGUCUGGAACUUAAAGAAAUGCGAGGUAGACUAGUACCGAUAGAAAACGGCAGUUCUGGAAGCUACGGCGCUACCAACAUAGCCUUCGAAGACACCAGCCCAAACAGCAAGAUCAAAUCGAGUUGCAGCAGCAAAAGAGGCUCGCAAGAUGGCAAGGCCAUCUUUAAACCAGACUGUGCUGAAGAAGAACGUGAGUCAUGGGACAGCAAGUUGACCUUUCUGUUGGCUACGGUGGGUUAUGCCGUGGGGCUGGGUAAUGUGUGGAGGUUUCCAUAUUUGGCGCAGAAGAAUGGAGGUGGUGCUUUUCUUAUACCUUACUUUAUUAUGCUGGCCAUCGAAGGGAUACCGAUCUUUUACUUGGAACUGGCUAUAGGGCAGAGGUUGAGGAAGGGAGCUAUAGGAGUGUGGAAUCAAGUAUCACCUUUUUUGUCAGGUAUUGGUAUAAGCAGUGCCGUUGUCUCUUUCAACGUGGCCUUGUAUUACAAUACCAUCAUUGCCUGGUGCCUGUUCUAUUUCGUCCAGAGUUUCCAGUCGAAACUACCAUGGGCAGAAUGUCCCAACGUGUACUUCCCCAACGGUUCCUACAUUGCUGAGCCAGAAUGCACCAUAAGCACGCCCACCCAGUACUUCUGGUACCGAACAACGCUGAUGAUAUCCCCGGACAUCGACACUCCGGAAGCCUUCAACUGGAAGAUAGCACUUGCUCUGGUCGCAGCCUGGAUCCUAGUCUACCUAUGCAUGAUCAAGGGCAUCGCGUCCUCUGGAAAAGUCGUCUACGUGACGGCCACCUUCCCCUACCUCGUCCUCAUCAUCUUCUUCUUCAGGGGCAUCACGCUGAAAGGUGCCUUCGACGGGUUGAGGCAUCUGUUCACCCCGUCGUGGCACACGAUUUUGGAUCCAGUGGUUUGGCUGGAAGCUGGGACACAGAUAUUUUUUUCGCUGGGUCUGGCUUUUGGAGGACUUAUAGCUUUUUCGUCGUACAAUCCAGUAAAUAACAAUUGUUACCGUGACGCAGUGAUGGUCUCACUAACGAACUGUUUCACAUCAAUGUUCGCCGGUAUAGUAGUAUUCUCCAUUAUCGGUUUCAAAGCCACCAUGAUCUACGAAAAGUGCCUCGACACCAGAAAUAAUACCCUGAUGGAGCUGGUUGGCCAGCCAGUGAGUUCAGAACUCGUGUUUCCAACCGAAGGCACUUUGUUCAACAUAACCUACGAUAACGGUACUGUUCGAAGAUUGCUGAUGCCUGCACUGCCAGUAUGUGACUUAGAGGAAGAACUUGGAAAGUCUGCCUCAGGGACCGGAUUAGCCUUUAUCAUUUUUACCGAAGCAAUAAACCAAUUUCCCGGCGCUCAGUUCUGGUCAGUACUGUUUUUUCUGAUGCUGUUCACCUUGGGCAUUGAUUCACAGUUUGGAACACUAGAAGGAGUGGUCACGUCCAUCGUGGAUAUGAAGCUGUUUCCCAAUUUACCCAAAGAAAUACUGACCGGAGUGUUGUGUCUGAUUUGCUGCCUGAUAUCGAUGAGUUUUGCUCACGGAGCUGGUAGCUACGUGUUCGUACUCUUUGAUAAUUUUAGUGGAAAUUUUCCACUACUGAUUAUCGCGUUCUUUGAAUGUGUGGGAGUUUCCUACGUGUAUGGUCUUAAAAGGUUCGCAGAUGACAUAGAAAUGAUGACAGGGUCCAGACCAGGUCUGUACUGGCUCAUUUGCUGGAAGUACUUGUCGCCGCUAGCAAUGCUGUCCAUUUUGGUGGCUAGUUUCGUGGAGAUUGCAGUGGACGGGUCUGGAUACUCUGCUUGGGUUGCUGAAAAAGGGGAAACAGUGAAACAUCCGUGGCCGAUAUGGGCCAUUUUGCUCAUUUGCACGCUGGUAUUGGUAUGCGUGAUGUGGAUUCCUGGAGCUGCAAUUGGCAGAUUAUUUGGGAUUGUGCUGAUAGACGAUAACGAAAAAGCCUGGUUUCCAGCCAGCGACUUGAAGGACUUCCACGGAAUUAUGCCCCACGAGGUAACCACCGCAGAGACGCUACUGUUUUGCAUUAGGGCUGAUGGAUCGGAGGGUCUUUGCUGUCCUACUUACCAUUCUUAUGACGAUGUCGUCGAAGACGAAUAACUUGUGAUGUCCUUUGUGGUAUACGUUUAUUAAAUCGGUUGUUAAAAAUGGUUUGUUUAAAAGCUAAAAAAUAUAUUGGGAUCUAUCAUAUGAUCAAAUGAAAACGACAUCAUACAGGUUGAGUCUUAGAUAAGUGCAAAUAUUUUCAAGGCUGGUAGGUAUCUAUAAUAGAAAUAUAUUUUCUUUUUGCAGUUUGUCAAAUAAAUCCAAAAUAGGGGAGAUAUUUUACAUUGACACUUUG